AUGGACUUGAACGUAGCGUGUCCGACGGAGCUCAAGGUGACGAGAGACGGAGAGAGCGUCGCCUGCAACAGCAAAUGCAAGACUCGGGCUCUACCAUGCUUGAGUUCAGAGUUUUUCAAGAGUGCAUGCCCUAACGAUCGUGCCUCCUUCACUUGUGUUUCUGCUGAUUAUAUCAUCACUUUCUGCCCCAGGUCCUCCAAGAGAAGGGUGAAGGCGGGGAAUGAUAAAAGUCCGGCGGCCGUGGGCAACAACAACAUGAUAGCCGUGGUGGCAGCAAGUGUUGCCUUACUCUUUGGCGUGAUGGUAUUCAGAAUAACAAUCUUUUUAUCAGGAAGAGGUUGGAGCAUUCGGGUGGUCGCCGGAACUAGAGUUCAAACAAUUGACCCCAACAACCCUCAACCUGAACCACUCGCUACUUAA